AUGGUUUUGGAGGAUCUAAGUUCUCUGAUGUUGAUCAGCACGUGCACCCUGACGGACAUCAAAUAUAUCAAGGUAAUGGCCACCUCAAGUGACUCUACUAUAUUCUGGGCUACCCAGCUAAAGCCAGAGAAAAUCGACUACCAUAUCAAGGAAAACAGCGAGGAGCAUCACRCGGACGAGUACGAUGAGGACGUUUAUGGACUUGUUGUCAGAAGAGGACAAGAGUUUCAAGUGGAAGUGACUUUUGAUCGUGCUUACGAUCCCAAACAAGACCAACUGAUCUUGCAGCUCGUAUUUGGGAGUCGUCCACAAGAAAGCAAGAACACCUUGAUUCGUGUCAAAGUCAAAGAUACYAAKRMGCUGCCUAAUUCCUCAUGGGGCAUGCGCGUUGAUAAAGUCAAUGGCAAAAAUGUCACGCUUGCAGUCAUGUCUCCUGCCAAUGCCUUGGUCGGCGAAUAUAAAGUCUUUGUGGAGACUAAAACUAAAAAAUCUGGARCUGAGGACGAGUACUUGAUCUUYAAAAAAGAUGCAGGAAAAGAUGAUACUGUAAUUGUCCUGUUCAACGCUUGGUGUCAAGCCGAUGCUGUGUACAUGGGAAACGACGAAGAGCGUAAUGAGUAUGUUUUGAACCCUACUGGUAACAUUUGGGUCGGAAGUAAACGCUAUAACCACGGAAGACCAUGGAACUUUGGCCAGUUUGAAAACGUCUCGCUGAGAACUUGCCUAUUUCUGUUGGACAUGUGCAAAGACUUGUCCAUUCAGUCCAGAGGAGAUCCCGUAAUGGUGUCAAGGUUCAUGACAAAGAUGGUAAAUCAAACUGAUGAAGACGGUGGGAUCCUGGUAGGUAACUGGUCUGGAGAUUAUGCGCCUCAUAAAAGUCCUUCCGAUUGGGCUGGAAGCGUGAAGAUUUUGCAAGAGUACGAGAAAUUACAAGAUAAAAAGGAAGGCGUCAAGUAUGGACAGUGUUGGGUCUUUUCAGGACUAGUGACAACAUUUGGCCGAGCCAUAGGGAUCCCAACACGAAGCGUCACUAACUUUKCGUCUGCYCACGAUACGGAUGCAAGCACUACCAUUGACUACCAUACCAGAAAAGACAACAGGGAGCCCAUUGAGUAUUUAAACAACGAUUCUAUUUGGAAUUUCCAUGUCUGGAAUGAAAGCUUUUUUACACGACCAGAUCUUCCUCGUCAAUAUGACGGAUGGCAGGCAAUUGAUGCAACACCGCAAGAAAGCAGCCAAGGAGUGUAUUGCUGUGGCCCAGCUCCUGUCAAAGCCAUCAAAGAAGGAAUGGUCUACAUUCCUUACGACACUCGAUUUGUUUUCGGAGARGUCAAUGGAGAUCGCGUGUACUGGGACGUGGAUAACAACGGAGAAAUGGAAGUGACAUCAAUUGACAAGUUUUCAGUUGGGAAAAAGAUCAGUACGAAGGCUAUUGGAAACAGCRCUCGCAAUGACGUCACUGAUUAUUAUAAACACGAUGAAAGUGAGGCUAAUAGCUCAAUUGGUUUUUUUUUUUUUUCUUUUUUCUUACUCUUCUGAUCAUUUAAUGAUGGA